AUGGAUAAGGAUUGGCUCAAUUUAUCUGGUCGCUAUCCCCAUGAAAUUCAAUAUGUUCCACCACCAGAACAAAAGAAAGAAGACAAUAUUCCACUAGAUAAAAUUGUUGGCUCACUUCUAGGUUUAGCUGUUGGUGAUGCACUAGGUGCACAUGCUGAAUUUCGUCCGCAUAAUUUUCUGCAAGAGAAUCCUGUAAAAGACCUUGUCGGUGGAGGGACAUGGGGAUUGAAAGGUGGUCAAUGGACAGAUGAUACAUCAAUGGCAUUAUGUUUAUCGGUGAGUCUCAUUGUUAAUGAAGACUUUUACGCAUAUGAUCAAUUAGUUCGUUAUAAGUGGUGGUGGAAACAUGGUUAUAUGUCAUCAACAGGGAAAUGUUUUGACAUUGGCAGUGCAACCAGACGAGCUCUGGAGGAGUUUACUCAAAGACAAGUGCAACUGGCUCAACAAUUAAAUGUGCAAGCAGACGUGAUUCUUGAUAACUUACCGAAGCACCGAGUAGAAUCAAAAAAGUUCAAUGCAGAUUGUAGUAGCUCCGAUGGGGCAGGUAAUGGUGCAUUGAUGCGACUCGCACCUAUUCCAUUAUUCUUCUGUCGAUCUGAGCUGGCAGCAACAGUGCACGCGGGUAAGAGUGCUCGUCUCACUCACGGCGACAGAAAAGCAGUUGAUGUUUGCAGGUUUUACUCAUUGUUAAUAUGUUGCGCAAUAAAAGGUUAUUCAAGGACAGAGUUGUUGGAUGACAAUCUCUACCAGAGAGCGUGGAACGCUGGAUGGUUUGGCAAGGAAUCAUUGCACGAAGAAGUUAUUCGGGUCGCUCAGGGUUCCUACAAGAAGAAGGGUGGUUACCAAGAUGGUAUCAGAGGGAAAGGAUACAUUGUACAGUCUUUGGAAGCAGCGUUAUGGGCAUUUUGGAGUGAUGAUGGUUUGUUUAGAAAAGGAAUAUUAUUAGCAGUUAAUUUAGGCGAUGACACUGACACGACAGCAGCAAUUUACGGACAGCUAGCCGGCGCUUGUUAUGGUGUUGGACAAAUACCACAAGAAUGGAAAGAUGCACUUUACGCAAAAGAUUUCAUUAUAUGUCUUGCACAGUGGUUAAAAUAUCUAGGACAUGAAUGGAUGCUAAAUUCAAUAAGGAUGAAAAAAGCAAGUUCUACAGGAUAG